UUAUUAUUAUUAUUAUUAUUAUUAUUAUUAUUAUUAUUAUUAUUAUUAUUAUUAUUAUUAAUACCAUCUAAUUUUUCAUAGUUAAUCUUCUAUCGGAAAAAAAUGCUCCUUGACUCGUAAAUUGUGAAAAGUUUUUUAAAAAUAAAUAAGUCCUUGGAUUAAAUAUUUUAAUAUUCUUUUAAUGCAUCUGCUGCGCUUAUCAUGCACAGAAAAUAAUGCCGGAUUCUAGGACGAACAAUUGGUUCAUGAUUGGUUCACCAUGGCCGGGCCUAGCCAUCAUAGGAAUUUACUUGCACUUUAUCUACAGGCUCGGCCCCAGCAUUAUGGCCAAGAGAAAGCCAAUGAAUUUAGAUAGGGUCAUGCAAAUAUAUGACCUUGUACAAAUUAUAUUAAAUAGUUAUUUAUUCUAUAAAGCUUUAGUAUUGGCAUGGUUAAAAGACUACAACUACACAUGUGAACCGAUCGACUAUUCAAAUAGUCCAAAAGCCAUCGAGGUGGCAUCCACGGUGUACUUGUAUUUCAUACUAAAAAUCCUCGAUCUCUUGGAUACAGUCUUUUUCGUUCUUAGGAAAAAAGAUAAUCAAAUCUCAUUUCUUCACGUAUAUCAUCAUGCUGGUAUGGUUAUGGGUGGCUGGGGUGGCGUUAAAUAUGUUCCAGGAGGCCAUAUCACGUUUCUAGGUUUAGUGAAUGCAUUCGUCCAUAUGGUCAUGUACUCGCAUUACCUCAUAAUGUCGCUGAGAAUCACCAAACCUUGGUGGAAGAAAUAUAUAACGCAGCUGCAGUUGUUCCAGUUUUUCCUAAUUCUCGUCCACUUCUCGCAACUUUUCUUCCGAGACUGUGGCUUCCCUCUGUGGCCAGUGCUCGUAUUCAUUCCCCAGAAUCUCUUUAUGAUCGUACUUUUUGGUGAUUUUUACUACAAAACUUACGUUAAAAAGCCGAACAAGAAGUUAACAGUUAACGGCCGAGCCUAUGUUGAAACUUCUAACGGCAAAACUAAGACCCAAUAAACGUUGGGCUUAUUUACAUACUGUAAUUAAAUGUAACUGUGGAGACGGAUAUUUACUGUUCCGCGCUCCAAACGCAAAAGACAUUACCUUCGAAGGCUCUUACAUAAGAAGACCUUCGAUAAACUUUUUACGAAAAAAAGUUUAUAAUUUUUUAGACAAAAUUGUAUGAGAUGAAAGCUUUUGUAAAGUAGCUUGAUGUAUUGCCUAAUACCAAAAAAGCUGGUAAUUUUUUAUAUUGUAAUUACAACCAGAGGAUAAUGCAAAGUCUUAAUCGUUGAUAAAGCAGAGAAUCAUCAAUUUUUGUUACCAAUCUUGAUCAAGUCACUUUUCUAAGGUGUGCAGAAAAAUUUAAAAAUCGCUGAAGAGGUUUACUAUCUGUACUUAUGUGCACUAAAUUUCAAAAUUCUAAUAGAGUAGUCAUUUAAUAAGAAUGAGAUACUAUGGUACGAAAAUGUGGUACUUUAUAAGUUGGAAACAAAUUAUUUUACAAAAUUGCUGUUCCUUAAACGAUUUUGUGUGGAGUCUUCAAUAAAAUAUUUUUAAAAAACUUUACUCGUAAUAAUGACGAAAAUAACUAUCUCAAAUUGUUCAAGAAGUUAAGCUUCGUGGAAUGGAAAUCAAAAAAAUAUCUAAAAAAAAAAUUUCUAUACUAUAAGAGAGAUUGUUUACAUUUUGAAAUGUAUAAAGAUGUAAAAUUACGAAUUUUAUGUAAUAAUUUUUUUUUUAAUUUAUAAAGUACCCAUUUUUCGUACUUUGAUAUCUCAAUAUUAUUAAAUAACAACAGACGGGUUCAUUAUAAUUUUAAAAUUUAGUGCUACGUACAAAUAAUGCACCUUAUAAAAUCCACGUGUCUUCAUCCGAGGAUUUAGGGUCAAUUAAAUUUACAAAAAAAUUUUUUCUAAAAUCGUAGUGCCAUAUAUUUGUUGUUUAUACAGUUAAUAUUUCUGUUAUCACUAUUUUUUUUUACUAUGACUAUUAUAAUUAUUAUCAUUAUUGUUAUUGUUAUAAUUAUUGUCUCAGAUAUGCAAUAUGUACAAAUUGCAGAAAAUACCAAAAAGAAAGAAAUUUGGUACAUAACGAAUUUCUUUAUUGUUAAAUAUUUUAUUUUUGAUACUGAGAAAUUAUAAGUGCUGAGACAUGAAAAAAAUUUUACCUAACACAAAAUACUGAGGAGCACUUCUAUGUACAGUAUGUAGUGUUUGCAAAUAUUUUUACAAAAUCUAAGUGCCUUGCUGAUACAUUAUGUUUUUCUAAGAUCAUUUAAAAGUCUUUAGCAAUAUUAAUUUGCUUAUAAGUGUACCAAAUGAUGAAAAAAAAAGGUUAUUGCAAGUGCCACAUAAUACUUGCAACCAACAUUUUAUUUAAACACAUGAUGCUUAUAUUAUAUUCUAGUUCUUGUACAUGAUCAUUAAGUUUCAAAUAUCUGUAAGUUCAACUAAUGAACGAAAAAUUUUUAUUAAAGAAAAAUCAGAUGAAAAUACGAUUUUUAAUGAUAAGUAUUUUUAUUAUUAAUAAUGUUAAUGAUUUUGUAGAGCUCAUGUUUCUGGAAAGGAUCGUUUCAUUGUCAAGUAAAAUGUAAAUCAAAUCAUAACGUUUUCUUGACUACAUUAUACAUACGUCCUUGUUGAAAAAGUUGUGUAAAGAACACAUUUAAAAAGAUCGAUAUUAUAAUUACAUUCAGGAUUUAUUACAUCUUCGAGUUAACGACUGUAGUACGUGUAACGAUAAAAAUUUUUAUACCGCCUGUUGGGCAAUAAAAAUUAAAAGAAAAAAAAAUGUAUUAAAAAAAAUAUUUUUAAGAAUUUGUUGAUCUAUUCAAUCUUCAGUAUUGAUCUUCUUUAUAAUCUUAAAUUUCAUAUUGACUUUUUGGUCCACAUAAAUUUUGAACUGUACUGUAAAAGUGUAUUAACACAGAUGAUGAAUGAUAAAAUCGUAACAAGGCUUUUCAAAACUUGGUUGCUUGAAUUUUCUUGAAGAUUAGUUUGAUUUGAAUUGGCAGAGAAAUCUCUAUAUGCUUAUACAAUAUCGUAACGUAAGAUAUUAUGAUUAAAGUGUUUACAACCGCA